AUCCACACAAGUAAGAUUAUUAUGUUUCUUCUGCUGCUUCAGCUGCUUGUGAUCGCAAGUCUUGGGACAACUGUACAAGGCAGAGAGCUGCAAAGGAACAAGAUGAGGAGAAUUCAGCAUUUUUCCUAUCAAGAUAAAAAUUUCCUUGAAAGAGAGGGCCUCCGUAAAAUGCGGGUGGAAAAUCCUGUGAACUAUGAAGAAAUUCCAGAAGAACCAAGCUUAUUUGUAGUAGCUCCAGAGAUGAUGGCAGAGAGUAAGAAGCAAGGAGAAAAAAAAUCAUCCAGAUUUAUCCUUCCUUUUGUAGAGCCUGAGAUGCUCCGAGAUCUGAGAAGCGGGACUGUACCAAAAGAGACCUCUCAUUCUGAAAGCAUGAAACACUUCCUGCCUUCCCACUCAUCCAACAGGACGGAAGCUGAGUCUCCUUAUAGGAAAGAUGCUAGAAAAUUCUGGGACUAUUUCAUGUUUAAAAAAAAUUCAGCUUCUGAGGAGGUUGUUCUGCCAAUCAAGACCAACGAGAUGUACCAGGAGACUUGCAGGACUCUGCCUUUUUCCCAGAGUAUUGUGCAUGAGAACUGUGAAAAAGUGGUGGUGGAAAACAACUUGUGCUUUGGGAAGUGUAGUUCCUUUCAUGUCCCUGGCCCAGAAGAUGGUCUUUACACUUUUUGUUCCCACUGCUUGCCUAUCAAGUUUACCAUGAAAUCCUUGGAGCUGAACUGCACCAUGUCUGUUGCUGUUGUUAAGGUGGUCAUGAUUAUAGAGGAAUGCAAGUGUGAGAUUCAGAAGCAUAAAAAUUCUGAAAUAGGACCUCUACAUUCAGACUUGAAUUCAAAUGUACCUGAGCACAAUUAAUCUACUCAAAAGCUCCUUUAAACUCCGUAAUAAUUACCACCUGCAAGGAAAUAUAACUAUGAUUUUAGUCAGGGUAUUAUGUUAUCAUGUAUUAUGUUACCUGAAAUAUAUAAUAUGUUUCUCUGUGUGAAAGAGAGGGAGAGGGGGAUCAGGGUGUGGAAGUUUAAUCUCUUCAAAAUGUUCUAUUCUUCAGGCCCAGCCCUAGGGCAAGGUGAGCCAGGCAAAUGCCUUGGGCCCUAUACUGUCAGAGCCCUGCACUGCUUAGUAUUCACCAUCCACCUACCAGGCCUGGGGCCCCGCUCCCAGCGUCUUGCCUUGGGUCCUGCAAACCCUUUGGCCAGGCCUGCUACUCUUGCUAUCCUGCGUCAGUUCCACUGGUGUGAGCAAUGUUGAGAUCCUGAGCCUAUCCAAGCCCAAAUCUUCCAACACUGUUUUAAAUACCAUGUUGAUUAGAUCUGCUCAGAGCCUGACUUUUCUCUGCCAAAAAGGUGUGUUUUUUACAUUGAAAUAGCUAACUCGAUGUAAAAGGGGAAUAACAACACAGGUAUUUAUUACUGUGAUGUAGCUAGUCAAGGUUAACCCCUUGUGGGAUUAACCUUAACUAGCUGUAUAGAGGUAAAAUUACAGUGCCGUGUCUCCACUAGGAUUUUACACUGGGAUGGUGAUCUUCAGUUAGCUAACUCAAUGUAAAAACACACUUUUUUUGC